AUGGCUCUUGCAAAUCCGGAGUACUCAGAAAGCGAGUCUUUUGAGCCUAGAGUGUUGCGAGGUCCUCCUGUAACUCGUUCCUCCGACUGUCUCAUCCGGGAUCCUUCCCACUCGCCCCCUCUUCCGAACGUGAGCCCCCAAUCCAUCACACCGGAGAGCAUCAUUGUCAAUACUGGUGGAGGAACACUGGACGUCUUAAACUGCAUUGAGCGACUAUCGGAUCCCACGGUGAGCUAUAAAGCCACUUACAAGGCGACAAUCAACGAAAGCACUGUAAUAGUAAAGUGCUGGGAUCGCGAUCAUACAGAAGGGGAAGUGUACAUACACUUUUGGGAUGCAGAUCCAACAAGGCCACGGCUUUUUGCCAGAUGGUAUCGUCGAGGAGAGAUCAUAUGCUCGAGCUUAUUUCAGUCGGGCUUUGCCCUGAUUCUCGAAUAUCGCCGCGGCUCGAAACUUCAUGACAUCUGGCACGAGCUCUCUUCAUCCGAGAGACUUAACGUCCAGUCGCAAUGUCUUGUGGGGAUUAACGCUAUUCGGCGUGUCUUGUUUCGUCUCGAUGACGCGAGUAUGGACAACAUUUUCUAUGACCGUGAAACCGGAGUAGUGACUUUGCUCGAUUUUGAAGUUGCAGCGGAUAUAGAAAGUCACACCGUGAUGCCUGUCACGUACGAAAUGCGCGCCAUAUUUGGCCCGUCUCUCCUGAUGGGGCGUCCUUCGGGGGGGAUUUACUCCCACUGUACCAUUAAAUACUGA